AUGCAGGUGGGCGCCGGCGGGAGGGGCGGGUCGCACCUCGCAGCUGCGCUGCCACCAAGGCGGCCGGCUGCCUCUGCGCCCGACCCCGCCUCCGCAGCGCCGGCUCCCCCCCCCCACGACCCCUACGUGAUCGAGGAGCCCAGCGACGAGGAGCCGGGGCAGAGCAGCUCAGAAGAUGAAGUGGAUGUGCUCCUGCAUGGCACCCCUGAUCAGAAGCGCAAACUGAUCCGGGAGUGCCUCACUGGGGAGAGUGAGUCCUCUAGUGAAGAUGAGUUUCAGAAGGAAAUGGAGGCUGAACUUGACUGCACUAUGAAAACCAUGGAGGGGAAGUGGAAGGCAUUAGAAGCAGGUACUCCCACAAGUACUGGAUCAGCUGGAACAGCUACCACUUCCAAGUACUACGAUGAUAUUUAUUUUGAUUCAGAUUCAGAGGAUGAAGAUAAAGUAGUUACGGAGGUAGCCAGGAAGAGAAGGAGACAUCAGCAACGCCGGAUUCCUACUAACGAUGAGCUACUGUAUGAUCCAGAGGAAGACAAUCGAGACCAGGAAUGGGUAGAUUCGCAGAGAAGAGGGUAUCACAAUCAAAGAAGAGGUCAGCAGCAGCAGCUUCAAUCUCAAGCCAUUCCAAACAGUGAUGCUGUUUUGAACUGCCCUGCUUGCUUGAUAACGUUGUGUCUAGAUUGUCAGAGACAUGAAUCGUACAAAACACAAUAUAGAGCAAUGUUUGUGAUGAACUGUUCUGUUAACAAAGAGGAGAUUCUGAAAUAUAAAGCCCCAGUGAACAGGAGAAUAAAAAGAAGAAAUAAGAAAAUGAAACAAAGCAAUGAGACCACCAGUGUCCAAGGAGAUGAGGAAAAGGAGGAAAUAUAUCAUCCAGUCAGAUGUAAUGAAUGUUCAACUGAAGUGGCUGUCAUGGAUAAAGAUGAAGUUUUUCACUUCUUCAAUGUUCUAGCCAGCCACUGUUAACAUGUAAAAAGAACUUCAGUACUUCAAGACCAAGACUGAGACCUCAAAAAUAUUGAUUGUAUAUAUUUUUAAAUGCCCCUUCAUCCUACCUAAACAUUUUUAAACUGGCAUUUUUCUGGCAUCUCUUUAAAGAUUUAUGAAAGGAAAACAGUAAAUUGUUUGCAUUUGAGAAUGGUAUUCUAUCAGACCUUCAUGUAAUGAGAACAAAAAGUUUAAAUUUGUGUACACAGUGUGUAGUAUUUCUUGUGUAUUAGAACCACUACUUGUGUACUUAUUAUGAAAUAUCUUGAUGUAUGUUAGAACUGUUAAACUAAAUACUAUAUACAUUCUUUACCUACAUAGUACGGUUUUUGGAGUGCUGAUGAACUAGAUUGGUUGGUGGACUCCCUAAGUUGGCCAGUUGGUUUGGUUUUAUUGAAGGUGGAUAUUAAAGGAGAGAAUUUUGUAGAUGUAUCAAUAUCCAGAUGCUAUUAAGUGUGGACAUUUUUUACUUAUAUGUUGCAUUCUUUUUGGCUUGUUCCCUGCAUCUCUUGUAAACAAAUAUAUUAAAUCUUAGUUAAAUAGCUUGAAUCAUGGAUUGUAGGUGAGGAAGUAUGAUAUUUUUGUGUUACUUUUUUGCUUAUAAUCACUGGACACAUUUUAGGAAAAAUUUUGCACAGUCAAUUCAAACAGGCCAUAGAAAUAGACGGUUUACUUUUUAACUUUGCUUAGUAGACUGACAGUUUCUAUAUGGAAACAAUACAUAGCUUUUCUUCUGUUUUAGUUUGGACUUGUUCAAGAAGAAUGCAGAAACAUUGUCAAGUUAAUGUUCAAUUUCUAGAUCUGCUGAAUACCUAAACUCUUGCUUUUGAUCGGCUAAGAGCACCUUUCCUAUUUCUGGGUAGCUGAGUAUUUCUCAACCUCUUUAGAAAGAUGACUACUUAAAGUAAAUUUUUUUGACAAACUCCUAUUUACCAUGACAGAAAAAAAUGUAUCAGGACCAUAAGCCAAAAUAAUUGAUGUGUAGGGGAGCAGGAUUUACUUAGCCAUAUUCCUUUCCUGAUAACCUUUUCCGGUCCCUUUGGGUUGACUGGCUGAUGGGGAAACACUGCCUUAUCUAUGCUAUGCUAUAUACAUGAGAAAAAUCAUUUGCAGCUGUAGCAGAAGGGAGUAUUACUUGGCAAUAGUGUUGAUUAUUGUGCACUGAAUCAGCUUCUAUUGGAUAGUUCACUUACUUUUGUGGUUUUUAAUUAUAUUUUAACUAGGAGCUGUACCAGAACUAUACACAGAUGUUGCAGGCUAUAUUGGCUUCCUUGUUGCAAACCUGACAAAUAAUCACAUGAACAGUGUAUGGUUUUGUGGUAUGUUCUCUAGUCCACUGGCACUUUCAUAUGCUUACAUAUCAGGCCUUAUGUUGCCCAGUAUAUUCUCACAGUCAUUUACCUGGUUCAUUUAUUAUCUGAUUUGAUUUGGUUUAUAUGCCACUCUUCCCAACAAAGACUCAACCUGUUUACAAUAAGAGGACAAAAUUAAUUAUAAAGCAGGAGAAUGAGCAAGAGAACAACAUAACUUAAAAGACAAACCGGACCAUUAAGAUAAAUCAGAACUGCUCUAACCAAUAUCCUAGCCUACCUCUGUCUGUUAAACACUUGCCCAAAUAGAAAGGUCUUACAGCACCUUCUGAAAGAUGUUCAGGCUCAGGCUCUGGCAUACCAAAAGAUGGGGGGAGUUCCAGAGCUGAGGAGCACCUGCUGAGAAUAACAUGCCAAAUGUUUUUGCCAAGCAGACUUGGUGCAUUGAUGGUACUUGUAGGAGUUUGCUCUCAGCUGACCUUGGAGAUUGCAGUUAGGUGCAUGGGCAGUCCCUUGGAUAUGUUUAGGGCCUUACAGGGCAAAACCAGCACCUUGAAUUAUACCUGGAAAUCUAUUGGGAGCCAGCGCAGACUGGAUCACUGGAGUUACAUGCUUAUGGAAGCUCAUCCCUGUUAGGUGGGCCAUCACUGCACGAACCGCAACUUCCAGAUAGUCUUAAAGGGUAGUCUUAUGUAGAGUGUGUUGCAGUAGUCUAACCUCAAGGUUACAAAGGCAUAGAUGAUGGUAGCCAGAUCUGAAUCUGAAAGAAAGGGCCACUGCUUUCUCACCAGAUGGAGCUGGUAAAAGGUGCUUCUAGGCACUGCUGUCACCUGAAGUUCCAAAUGCAGGAGAGGAUCCAGAGUACCCUAGGGCUGGAAACAUGAGUGACAACAGGAGACUAUAUCCCAUCAAUGAUAGAUGUCCCAAUCCCCCCAAAAUUGCAUGGUCUGCCCAAUACCAUCACUUCUGUCUUGUUUUUAAUUCAGCUUCAGCUGGCUCACUUCAUCCAGUUCCUAACUGCAACCAUGCUUCAUGAAAGGAGUGAGAUUGCUGGGUUUUGCUCAGAUGAAGUAGAGAGAGGCUUAGUAACAGAAAUUCAUAACUACUGGACACUACAAAGCAUGACCUUAACACAAUGGUUUCAUAGCUCCUUUUAAUUUACUGGGUCUCUGCUAACUCCUCUGUACUUCACAGGUAAUAAUGACAGUCUUAUUUUUUUUUUUUUUUACAUAUUCAGGUUAAUCUAUUUCAACUCUUUUUAUCUGGUCUGUAACUACUUCUGAUAACUUCUGUUUGCUUCACAGAGUAAAUGCCAGUUCUGUUUGCUUCAAAAUGCCAGUUCCCUUUGCUCCCUUUUUCUUUUUUUAAGUGAUAGCUUCAUUUACAUAAUAGGGUUAAACAAAAGUAAUUGCUCUGCCUGGUAUUUAGCUUAGGCUGUAUCUGUUUUUUACGUACCCGAGGAAGGGCAUUUUGUGCCUGAAAAUUGGUCUAACAUCUUUUCUCACCUAUGUAUGUGGUCUAAUAAAAGAUAUUACCAAACAAAUCUUGCUUCUCAUUUU